AUUUUGUUUUGUUGCUGAGAAGAUGACACGUCUGUUUUGUGGUAUGUUACUGUCGAAACCGUGUUUAUUUAAUAUCUUUGGUUUAAGAAUAAACUAACCUCACAACAGCUGUAAAACGAGGUUGUUGUACUAGCUGGUACAUGAUGUUCAAGUAAAAACGCUCAUGACAACAACGUAAAACUGUAAAGCUAAGGUUAGCGUUUAGCUAACUAACGUUAGAUACUACCUUUAACUAUCAGGCGUUGGUUGUCAGACCGGAGACGUCGGCCACUGGCUGGACAUACAACAUUUAUUUUAUGUUGUUAAACUAGUUAUAGAUUCACUGUCAUAUGGUUGCAAGCCAUAUGAUAUUAUUCACUAGCCUGCUGAGGAGGGGACUCUGUGUGAAACCAUUCUGGAACCAUCGUUACCAAAACGCUUCGGUGGUAUUACUGAAUGAGGUUGUAUUCAUGACUGCAUUGUCAGACUUGGAGCCUGUUAAAAAGAGACUGCGGGUUGAAGUUGGCCUCCCAUCACCUGUCAACUCAAGGAGCCCUCUUUCAUUGGCUUUCAAAGCAAGUUCAAAAGAGGCAAGUCUACACGCAAUGGAAGGGCAGCAGCAUGGUGCCAAAGCAACAUCUCUUAGUCAGAAAAACAAUCCCAAGUCCCAACAGAAUAACCUUGAUAAGUGGAUUUUGAACCGUUCCCAAAGCCCCACAAGCCCAGCUUCUGACAUGUCUGAAGCUGCUGAACAACACCAACAACAACAACAACAGGACGACGUGGAGAUGCUGAGUCCAGACAGCUCUGAUUCUGACUGCAGUCACAAGUUCAACCCCUUCCAGUCUAUGGAGACAGAGACCCAGGCCCAGACCCACAGUUCAGACUCUGAGGAACCUGCUGUCUGUAGCACCAUAGACCUGCAGGAUGAAGAGACAGAGCCCUUAACACCAACUUACAGCCUAAAGGAUCACAAGCCCGUCCCGCAAGUCACCACAGAUCAAAAGCCUGUCCCGCAAGUCACCACAGAUCAAAAGCCUGUCCCGCAAGUCGCCACAGAUCACAAGCCUGUCUCGCAAGUCGCCACAGAUCCCAAGCCUGUCUCGCAAGUCGCCACAGAUCCCAAGCCUGUCUCGGAAGUCGCCACAGAUCCCAAGCCUGUCUCGGAAGUCGCCACAGAUCCCAAGCCUGUCUCGGAAGUCGCCACAGAUCCCAAGCCUGUCUCGGAAGUCGCCACAGAUCCCAAGCCUGUCUCGGAAGUCUCCACAGAUCCCAAGCCUGUCUCGGAAGUCUCCACAGAUCACAAGCAUGUCUCAGAAGUCUCCAUAGAUCAUACAGGGAACAGUGAUGAGCAAACCGAGGAGACCACGAGCCAAAGCAACAGGGAACUGGACAAGCAGCAGGACACAGAAAGAUCCUCCUCAUCCAAGGGUAAAGGAAAAAUAACAGACUUCUAUGCCAGAAAGUUGCCACAAGCCCCAUCCACAAGUGCCCAAGCUCCUUCGGACAAACAACACAGAGAUGGAGACGUCCCACGUGAGAAACAACGUGGAGACAGAGACGGAGAUGAUGUCCCUCCACCACCGUCGCCACCGUACGAUUCCAAGUGGCUGGGAAGCCCCAUCAGCGAUCUGAGGAGAAUGCCGCAGUGUGGUCGACCACUCCCACCACUGAAGAAUGCUCCUGACCAUCACACUGUCAUGAUCAGGACAGACCUCCUUCAAGCAGGCAAAGUUCCUGUUCCCUAUCCCACCAAGUUCAGAGACAUCUGGGAUGAGGACCAUGUGAAAAUGCCCUGUUCAGAGAGCAGCCUAUUCCCAGUAGGAAAUCAGGAGGUGCAGGGACGGUGGGAACUGAUCCAGAAAGCUUUGAACAGAGUCUUCUGCACCUCCCAUGAUGUGAAGAAUGCCAUAUUGAAAUACAAUGUCGCUCAUGCCAAGAGAUGGGACUUCACAGCCCUUCAUUUGUUCUGCAACAAGGGUCUGGAGGCUGAUGCUGUUGAACAUCUGUUUGGGGCUCUGCUGCCAGACAUGGUCCAAUUAGCGCUGAGGGCGUCUGAGCUGUGUACCAAGCCCAUCCCUCUGCUGAAGGAAGGGAUGGACCACUCCAUCACCCUGUCUCAGGAGCAGGUGGCUUCUCUAUUGGCCAACGCCUUCUUCUGUACCUUCCCCCGACGCAACGCCAGGAAGGCAGAGUACGCCAACUACCCUGACAUCAACUUCUGCAGGCUGUUUGAGGGCUCCUCACCAAAGAAGAGGGAGAAACUUAAAACACUUUUGUGCUAUUUUAGAAGUGUAACCGAGCAAAGACCUACUGGACUUGUAACAUUCACAAGAAAAUGUUUGGAUCGUCCCCCGAACUGGAAAAACUCCCAGAAUCAGCUCACAAAGCUCCACAUAACAUGUGCAGGAACCAUAGAAGACGACGGGAACGGCAUGCUGCAGGUGGACUUUGCCAACCGGUUUGUGGGCGGAGGGGUCACGUCAUCAGGUCUGGUUCAGGAAGAGAUUCGCUUCCUGAUUAACCCAGAACUCAUCGUCUCUCGCCUCUUCACUGAAGCCCUGCAGUACAAUGAGUGUCUCAUCAUCACAGGUACUGAGCAGUACAGUACCUACACUGGCUAUGCAGAGAGCUACCUAUGGGACGGCAAACAUCAGGACAAGACCCCAAGAGACUCCUGGCAGAGGAGGUGCACAGAGAUCGUAGCGAUGGACGCUCUGAAGUUCAGGAACAUCCUCGAACAGUUUCACCCUGAUAAAAUGAACAGAGAACUGAAUAAGGCAUACUGUGGCUUCUCCCGCCCGGGGGAGAGGAGUGAGGAUCUCUCUGCGGUUGCUACGGGGAACUGGGGCUGUGGAGUGUUCGGGGGAGACGCUAGGUUUAAAGCUCUGCUCCAGAUUCUGGCAGCCUCUGAGGCGGGCCGAGACGUGGCCUAUUUCACCUUUGGUGACAGCGCCCUGAUGAAAGACGUCUACGAAAUGCACUACUUCCUCACACAGAGACACGUCAGCGUCGGGGCUCUGUACAGUUUCCUGUGUCAGUACUACAGUUCAGUGUGUCAGAGCUGCUUCACACGCUGUCCUGACGUCAGCCUCUAUUCCUUCAUCUACCAGGAGGUCAGCUCUGUCUCCCCCUAGACCAGACACACACACACACACACACACACAGGUCGGCUCCCCCUAGACACCACAUCGCACGCACACACCACACGC